UGUACUGUAUGAAAACUAUUAUUUAGUGAGGUUUUACUACAGUGUACUGUAUGAAAACUAUUAUUUAGUGAGGUUCUACUACAGUGUACUGUAUGAAAACUGUUUUGCCUUUAAGUGGACAGGAUGUGGGGGCAAUGAGAAUAAUUUCCCAAGCUGGACUAAUUGCUGGCUUAAUUGCCAACCUGAGGAGGAAGAUGGUAGAAGUUUGGAAACCACGAUAAUCCCUACGUUUGAUAUAGAAGAGGCAACCACUAAAUGGAUGAAGGAUGUUAUGGCAGCUGAAGAUUAUUCCGAGGAACAAGAUGAUCUCAGCUUCUCUCCUUUUGUAAAAUCCAGCGACAAUACUCCUGAGCAUGUUUGCAGUUUAGAGAAUGACGGUGGGCCCUGUACACCAGUAGACCCUACAAUGUUUAAAACUAGAUUCUACCACAACAAAACAACAGGUUCCUGUGAAAAGUUCCUGUAUAGUGGUUGUGGUGGUAACCAUAACAAUUUCUUUAACAAAUCUGAUUGUGAAGCAUUUUGCGGAGCUCCUACAGAAAAUGCUCCAGAAAGAACAGAGAAAACCAAACUACAUAAAGAGUUGACAAUUUUUGUAAAACGCUUCAAUCAAAGAAACGAUUAUUCUUCUUUUAUGGUCUAAAUUUCUUGAGUAGAAACUGAAAACUGUGCUGCAGUGAGGCUAGGCGGGGAACUUUAGAAUGGUGGAUAUCAGGAUUAAUCCUUAAUCUUCUGUUUUUGCUAAUCUCAAAACUAACA